AUGCAUCCCAUAGACCUGGCAGACACCCAUUGCAGUAUGAGCAUGCACAAACACUCUGCGGGUCUCUUGCAUGUCCCCGACAGAGACCUGCAACGUGUCCACACACGUGUGGGGAAUAUUGAAAAAUAUGUGCGGUGGAAAAUGCCUCCUAAACUAAAGGGGAAGCUUCAGAAUAAGAAGAAAAUGAAAAAGCAGAAAGAAUCAGGUCUGAUGGAAGAUAAUUACAAAAAAGCCAACCUAGAGGUACAUGUCUUACAGGAUCACCUUGCUUUGCAAAGGCAAGUGAUGCGCCAGGCACAACACCGCAAACAGGAAAUGCGUGGAAAACUGCAUGAGCUAUUAGAAGAUCUACAGGAGGAAAAAGAUACAAAACAAGCAAUCUAUAGUGAAAUGACUCGUCAGCAUAAAGAUUUGGAACAGCAAAGCUCAUCACGCAUACAGGACCUGGAGGAAGAAGUGGCCAAAUUAAAACUACAACUAUCCAUAAGCCAAGAAGCUAUGCAGACCCUUAAGGAGGAAUCAGAGCACAUGACACAAGAGAAAGAAGCUGAAAUCACAGAACUGAAGAGGGAAGUGGAAAACAUGGAGGCAGAAUAUGAGACUAUGCUGCAUUCAUGCUUGGAUCAGUUACUGCCAAAGCUUAGCCUGGUUGAUCAGAAGUGGACAAGUGAAUCCCUUUCAAUCCAUCAUCAAUACAAACAGAUGCUGCAAGAUUGUGGAUUAAAUCCCUUCGACAUCUAAAAAUGAAGCAC